AUGGAGAGUGAUCCUGUUCCGGUUUUUGGGUCUUCUCCCCAUGUUCAGAGUGAAGUCUCAUUCCCGGAGGGCCGUGGGGAGCAGGCCGGGGUGGAGGCUGCGCUGGUCUGGCGGUGGCUAGAGCUGGAGGAUGAGGUAGCCCAUCCACGGGCCCCCGACAGCCCAGUCGACGCAUCCAACUCUGGGACCCCCAAGCUGGGAUGGGGGCCUCUGCACUGGGCCGCGUGGAGCGGAGACCUCGGCAGGGCCAAGCAGCUGCUGCAGCGGGGAGCUGCCGUUGAUAGCCGGGACCCCCGGGGCCGUACCCCACUGCACUGCUCGGCCCUGAGCGGCCGCCUCUCCCUGGCCCGGUUCCUGGUGCAGCGGGGCGCCGAGGUGCAGACGGCCGACGGCUCCCAGUGGACCGCCCUGCACCGGGCCUCCGCCGCCGGCCACAGCCAGCUGGCCGCCUUUCUGCUGCAGCGGGGGGCCUCUCCUACUGCCCGGACCCGAGGGGGCCUGACACCCCUGGACCUCGCAGCCGCCCACGGCCACGUCCUACUGGCCCAGUUGCUGCUCGGCAGCGGGCACGACCCCGCCGCCCAAGACGGCCACCAAUGGACGGCUCUGCACUGGGCCGCCGCCGGGGGCCGGACGCCCGUCAUGGAGGUGCUGUUGGGUGGGGGGCUCUCGCCGGAAGCCAGGGGUCCUGGUGGCCUCCUACCCCUGCACGUGGCUGCGGAGACAGGGAGCAGCGAGGCCCUGCGCUUCCUGCUGGACCAGGGGGCAGACGUCAACGCCCAGGACGGGGUUGGGAGGACGGCGUUGGCUCUGGCCUCUGACCUCGGGCACCAGGAGGAAGUGGGAGCAGCCCAAGUCUCCACAACGGAGGAUGGCCACUCCAGCCCCGGGGGCCUGGCCCACAAGACGACAUUAGGCGAAUGGGGGCCGGCUGCGAGUGUAGACGCCAGAGUGGGCACGGCUGCCCGUGUAGAUGUGGGGCAGGGGCGAGUGGGCAUGGCCGCCCAGGUGGUGGGGCGGCUGUUGGAUGCCCCCGCGACGGACGUGGAGCUCCCAGACGGGCACGGCCGCACCCCUCUGCACCGGGCAGCGGCAGCCGGCCACCUGCCCAUCGUCCGGAUGCUGCUGGGGCGGGGCGCCACCGUGGCCCCCCGGGACGGGCUGGGCCUCACCCCGCUGCACCGGGCGGCCUUGGGAGGGCACCCCAAAGUGGCCGGCCUGCUGCUGGACAGGGGGGCGCAGCCCGAUGCCGAAGCCGGCCCGCUCCGCCAGACUCCGCUUCACCUGGCUGCCCAGAGGGGCCACGUGGCCGUGGCUGAGCUCCUGUUGGACAUGGGGGCCAGCUUGGCCCUGCGGACCCGCUGGGGGGACGCCGCGGGGGAUCUGGCCCCCGACUCGGCCCUCCGGGAAACGCUGCGGCCGGUUCACGAGGACGGACCGGAGACCGGCCUGGCCGGGCCGGGCUCCUGUCCUCGCCUGUGA